AUGUUUCGCAACCAAUACGACAACGAUAUUUCAACGUGGAGCCCUCAAGGCCGUAUUCACCAAGUAGAAUAUGCUUUGGAAGCUGUGAAACAGGGAUCAGCUGCGGUUGGACUUCGAUCAAAUACUCAUGUUGUCUUGUUAGCGCUUAAGAGAUCGUCUGGGGAGUUAGCUUCCUAUCAAAAAAAACUUACGAUAAUCGAUGACCAUAUGGGUAUUGCUAUUGCUGGGCUAACUUCAGAUGCACGAGUACUAAGCAAUUUUAUGCGUACCGAAGCUAUGAAGUCUAAGGUGAUUUAUGGCCGUCCAUUACCUAUUUUCCGUAUCGUGUCGGCAAUUGGUGAUAAGGCGCAAGUCAACACCCAAAAUUACGGGCGUCGACCAUAUGGUGUUGGUCUCCUAGUCGCUGGAUAUGAUGAAACCGGUCCACACCUUUAUGAAUGCGCACCUUCUGGAAAUUUCUUUGAAUAUUACGCGAUGUCAAUUGGUGCUCGAUCGCAGUCGGCCAAAACUUACCUUGAAAGGUAUUAUGAGAGUUUCGCAGAAGCAUCAUUAGAUGAGCUUGUUCGACAUGGACUUAAUGCUCUACGUGAUACAUUACAACAAGAUAAAGAACUUAACAUGGACAACUGUUCGAUUGGGAUAGUUGGUGCAGACUGUAAAUUUAAAAUUGUAGAAGGCGAUGAGUUAAAACGAUACUUAAGUUUACUGGAUAAUGUUGAAAUGGGUGAUACUGUUCAAGGACAAGCACCUAUGGAUACAGAGUAA